UAUUCAAAGUCAAAAGUGGCCAAUGAACUAAGCAAUCAAGGCCGUAAAACAUUUCUUACAUAAAAAAUCAAACACAGUCAGUUUAUUCAGAGAAAUUGUGUGCUUUACAAUGGCAGGAGACCAUUCAAAUUCGUUUUUUGGUAAUAAAAAAUGUGCGUUCCGUGCAAGUCUAAGAUCAAUCCUAAUAUUCUUUGUAAUAUUGACCGGAGUUUCUGAUGUUUCUGCUGGUAUAUUGGAGUUUUUCGGGUUAUCACCUUCAAUUCCGUCUCUUCAACAUGCUCCUGGUCAAAACUCAUUGAUUUAUUUUCGUAAAAAUAGUAGCGAAACUAUAAUCCCCUAUACUGAUAGCAUCAAAAACUUCUUCAACGAUUAUAGUGGUUUGAAUGAAAAAUAUGAAAAAAAUAUUGACCACGAAUGUAGUCGGUUAUUUAGUCGUCCUAAAAAUGGUAAAUUUUGUCCAUUUAAACUUGAAUACUUGGAAAACUGUUCGCCAACAAAGACUGAUGGAAAUUUUGGUUAUGAUAUUUCAAAACCGUGCAUAUUUUUAACCUUAAAUGAGGUAAAAGAUUGGACUCCGCAAGUUUUCAAUGAAACGGAUAUCAACCAAAUUACCGACGAUAAUUUACGAGCUAAAUAUGCUAAAAUGCCAGAUUUUCUUAAAGAGGCAAUUGCAAAUGUUCGAGACCCCCUCGAUCGAAACUUAAUUUGGGUGUCAUGUGAGGGAGCUUCUCCACAGGAUGUAGAAAAUAUUGGACCAGUGCUUUAUUCACCAUUACGAGGUUUUCCGGCGUCUUAUUUCCCAUACAAAAAUGUUGAAGGUUAUCAAUCACCAAUUGUUGCCGUACAAUUGGAAAGACCAAGACCUGGUGUAAUGAUAACGGUGGAGUGUAAGAUCUGGGCCAAAAAUCUUGAUGAAACAAAAUCACACACUUUUGAAAUAUUGAUUGAUUCAUAGACACAUUGAUUUUCAAUCAAUUCGAUCAGUAAUUUGAAUAAAAUUCUAAUUUCAUUCAUAUUCAAUUGUU